AUGUCCGGUAGAGGAAAAGGUGGUAAAGGUCUUGGUAAAGGUGGUGCUAAACGUCACAGAAAAAUCUUGAGAGAUAACAUUCAAGGUAUUACAAAACCAGCUAUUCGUCGUCUUGCAAGAAGAGGUGGUGUUAAACGUAUCUCAGCUUUAAUUUAUGAAGAAGUCAGAGGUGUCUUGAAAUCAUUCUUAGAAAACGUUAUCAGAGAUGCUGUCACUUACACUGAACACGCUAAAAGAAAAACUGUUACUUCAUUAGAUGUUGUUUAUGCUUUGAAAAGACAAGGUAGAACUUUGUAUGGUUUCGGUAAUUAA